AUGAGAAUGAACGUGUCCGUACUGAUUGAGGUUAACAGGGAUCCACCCGGCAGGGUCUACUUCUGGGAGGGAGAGGGCUACGUCUCCAUGGAUCUGGUUGCUCCGGCGGCGCGUGCGCCGCCCAAUCUUCCAUUUGUAGAGUCUGACGACGAGGAGGAAUAUGACCUCCCUCCUGAGCCGGAGCCAAGGGCUCUCGAGCCACUCGUCAAGAAAGUGCGCGUAGGCCAGGACGAGACCAAGGAAAAGAAGCCGGUGACCGUAGAGGAACCGGCGCCGGAGACGGCUGAAUCCAUCAAGAAAUAG